UCGCGUGCGAUUCUCUAUUUUGAUCUCCGAGCUGUAGGUGGUGAAUCCUCGACUGGAAACACUUUUUGUAUGCAAAUUUUUCCUUUUCCACACUGCAGCGCUUUUGUUGACGCUCAGGUUUAUAAAGAGAGCAGUGAUGACACCAGCAGUUAUUCGUCAUUAAGGAGCCAGCCACGGCCGCUUUUCUGAAAACCUCUCGAGAUUACUGACAGCCUUCUGCCAUGAGCUGCCUGGAUGUUAUGUAUCAGAAUUAUGGAGCUCAUCAUUACAUGCCAGCGACGGCAGCAGCAGCAGCCUAUAAAGCGGCAUACUAUCAUCAUCACCAGCAGCAGCAGAAAAAGUUCAGUGCAUACAGCAGGAUGCAGGACUUUGCGGACUUGCCUGCACACUGUGUCCAGAGUAAACAGGCUGAGAAGCCCAGACCUGAGACUGAAUUGCAAAGAGAUGAUGACGAGCAGCAUGGUGAGGAGGAGGAGGUGAGGUCUAAGGAUUCACAACCAGCUGAGACAGAGUACCUGAGCUCCAGGUGUGUGCUCUUCACAUAUUUCCGUGGGGACAUUGGCGAUGUGGUGGAUGAGCACUUCUCCCGUGCCCUCAGCCAACCUAGUGCCUUCAGUAAUGACACCAAGAGCAUUAGGCUCCCAUCUGGAGGACUAUGGAAAGAUGGCAGUUCUCUCUGCGAGAGUCAGAGCGGCUCUUUGCCGUCUUCGUUAUGGAACAGUAGUUAUCCAUCUCAGACCAACGCCUGCAUCCCCUCCGUUCACAGUGAUUUCCCUGCAGCUGCUGCCUUCCACACAGCAGACACUGGCAUUUGGAGUGGCCAUAGCCUGACCCAGCCUGGCCUGCCCCCUCAUUCAGCCCUCACUGACUCAUGGCCCUAUGGCCUGGUUGGCCAAAGCAGCGCCGGACACCAUCAUGUCCAUGACAUGUACCCUCAUAUGCACCCACGCCACCAUCAUCCCCACCCUCAUGCCCAUCCCAUGCUCCAUCACAGCCACAGCAGUGCACUGGACCAUCGCUUCAGUGCCCUUCUGUUGCCUGGGAUGAGGGCAUCGAGUAGCCCUUCUUCUAAUACAGAGGGAAUCAAGACAGAGCUGGAGCCUGCUGCCUCUAGCUGGCCAGCAUCCUUCCAUGGCUCUGUAGAUAUCUAUGACACAGCACAGGAACAGGACAAAGCAAAAGCCAGUGUCUGGUUCUGAAACCGAGAAAGCCAGCCAGUGACACACAGCCUUGGAGUAGAGCAGCGCUGACAUGAGCAAUGUGAGAUGGGCCAGAGUCUCACUGUGGAAUCUCUCCCUGGAAAGCUUUCAGAUUUCCUGGGAGUCGACUCAGGAAAGGAAACUUUGACUCCCUCCAUUAGACAAGCCUAACAAUAAACUUGGAGAAAAGCAACUUUCUGUAAAAGCAAACAAUCCUGUCCGAGUUUGUGUAUGAUGAGAAGAGCGAGGCGUUAAUGAAUUCGGCCAGAGUGCUGUCCCACCUGGCUCUCACAGAGGGAAUGCAAUGACGGAAGCCACUUAAAUGUAUCCAAGUCUAAGAGGUAUAUUUUUCCUACUUUUUGUAAACCACGUUGAACAUUUCCUGUUUGGUGGUUUGUGAUCAGGAACAGAAGCAUAAGCACAUACCACUGGUUUUGUUGAAAGAACUGCCUGUCUCGUUUCAAAUGAAGGCCAGUUUUGUGUUAAUGUGGCUAUAAAUAUGUGAAUGUUUGAGUAGCAGCCUUGUUCAAAUAGAAGUUUUACUUUAAUAUAUUUUGUCUAUGGUCUUGUGAUCUACAGAUUUGACAGUUCUGUAAGAAAUUUGUGCAAAUUGUUUCUACCAAAGUGUUACCUGUUUUGUUGCAUUAUUUUGACUUUUGAAUAAGAAUGUAAGUGUUUUCGAUGCUAAAUACUAAAUAAAUUGCUAAGUUCUAUUGGCAAAUAUGCUUUGUUAACUGGAUGCUAUGUUGUUAGUAUUGGCUAACAGCUCUCAUUAUGUUCUACCAAAGUAUUUUACAUUUUUUUAUGUCAGUGACUGAAUAACUUAAGGACAACUAAUGACACAUGUUGAUGGCAUAAGUGCUUUGAGUGUAAAGUAGACCAAUGAUAGGCUUUUGACCAAUUUUGGGAAAACACUGAGAGCACUGAGAAUCCCAGAAGGCAUAGUGUCAUUCCAUUCAAAUUCAGCAGGACAGCCCGACUUUCACCAAGCCACUAACACUGAGAAGCUUUUUAAAAUGUACCGUAUUCUUAGAAAUGACAAUAUAUUUGACCUGAAAUAUCAAAGUUGUAAUACAUUUCCUGUUAGAACCAAACCAAGUGAGCAAAUGUCAGUUUUAACAGACACCACACACCCACAGCAGACAACAUGAUUUAAUGCAGAGUUAGAUACACCAGAUACAUGUGGAGAGGAAUGACCCUAAAUUCAGCCCAAGAAUGCAAAGAUUGUGAAGUAUGAGCUCUGGUGUGAAAUUGUACAUGGUUAUGGAGAACUACAACUUUAAAUAUUUUUGAUGGGAGUCUAAUGCCAGAAACUGUAUUAUUUUCAGCCAGCUGUUGGGUCAGUGCUGGAUAUGUUGGGAACGAGAACAUCACACAUCAUCUGGUAGUGAAAUCUCUGACCAGGUGUCAGGACCAACCACUAACUCUAUACGAUUAUACUGUGACAUUUUAGACUCUGAGGACUGAACCUUUCAUUCUGUCUCUUCAAUUAAAAUAAAUAUUCUGGAUGAUUACGCUGAGAAUUAGCCAACCCAUUACUAAUAGAGAGAUUGUGUUGAGGUCAGAUAUUUAAAAUUAAAAUGACUAUUGCAUUCAAAUCAGGGUAUUCACCAUUCACCAUAAAGGAACUUUGUUUGAAUUUAUAAGCUCUGUAUUUGGACCAGAGAGAUGUCCAUAACUGAACAACUUGUUUUACCAGUGUUUUUCAUCAUUAAAUGUCUGUUUUGAGAAUGGCAGAAUAUUGCUAUGUUGAUCAUUGAAAUAAAAUGUCUUUGAAUAUCA